CAUUCACCGUCAAGACCUCCAUGGACUCGACUCGGUCAUAGCUUGAUGGAAACCGACUGGCAGGAGAUUCACCGGGCUGCCCCGCUCCAACAGCUCGGGCAAGUGCCCCUCCAGGCGACGGCACUUGCCUUCGACACGAACGCGGAGUUACUUUGGUUGGGGACCGAUCAGGGCUAUGUCUCGUCGUUCAAUGGUGUCGAGCUGCGACGAUACACGAGCUAUCGCGGUCACAACUCUUUGAUUCCCGCCGAGCGCCCCGUCAGACAGCUACUAUUCGCCGACCGCGGUGUCGUAUCGCUCGCGGCGAAGAGUCUGCAUAUGUCGACGCGUGGUGGCCCGGCGUCGUGGCAUCUACAAGAUGAAAGGUUUAUGAAUUUGACGAGCAUGGCGUUUACGAGUCGGGGGACGUCCGAGAUCUUGGUUGGAGGCGGUCAGCUCCAGAUGUAUACGAUUAAUCUGGAGAGAGGGACUGUGGGAACGGAGAUAUCGUCGGACGAGGACGUGAAAGUCAUGAAGCGAAGCUCGAGGCACAUCAUCACCGGUUCGUCGAAAGGCCAUAUCCGCUUGCUGGAUAUGAACUCGUUCAAAGUCGUCAAGCAGUUCGAUCACGUCCAUAACGGAACAAUAUUGGAUAUGGAUACACACGAUAAUGUUCUCAUUACAUGCGGCUAUAAUUUGAGACACGGAAAUUUUAUCGUCGAUCCUCUCGUCAAGCUUUUCGAUCUCCGAAUGCAAAAGGCCCUGCCACCGGUCUCGUUCCCGGCCGCCUCUUUCAUCCGAAUGCACCCAAAGAUGACUGCCGCCGCUAUCAUCGGCUCGAGCAGUGGGCAGUUUCAAGUGGUGGAUGUGAUGAAUCCGAGUGCUAUGAAGAUCUAUAAUGCUAGUGUCAACACCUUCGUGACAGCUAUGGACCUCUCGCCGAGCGGUGACGUCUUGUCGAUAAUGGAUGCCGAGGGAAUCGUGCAGAUGUGGAGCUCGAUGGGAAAGAGGAACUUCACAGAGUUCGGAAACCCGGUCGAAUGGCCAGAUCCACCAACUCGAACGGUGGUCCCGAUUGGUGAAAACACACCAUUGAACAUGAUCGGUAUGCCGUAUUUCAACGAGCCACUGCUGUCGAACUGGGAUCCGCACAUGAUAUUCGAAGUGCCUAAGCAGCCUCAACAGCGCAUUGACCCGGACACUCUGGCGGCAACAUCAGUCUCUGGAUAUGCGCCAUUCCACAAGAGACAUCCACGGAACUACGUCGAGAGAACCAGAGGAGCUGAAAACACGGGAAUCGUACCGGCACCCAAGUUUCUAAGUCAGCAGGCUCGCAAUAGGAACGCGAGAGGCUCCGAUGCAAGUGCCGAAAGCAAGAUGAUGUAUGGUGACGAUUCGAAGAGGCAAUUCGAGGUCCCGCCCAUGUACAAGAAGCUCGAGAUCAAGUAUAGUAGAUUCGGUAUUGAGGACUUCGACUUUGCGUUCUACAACGAGACGAAAUUCUCCGGGUUGGAGACCAACAUUCCCAACUCUUACAUGAAUCCGCUACUGCAGAUGUACAAGUACACUCCGCGAUUGCGUAACGUAGCCCUAUUCCACGCAGCGACUGGGUGUACGGUGGAAGACUGUCUGCUUUGCCAGAUGGGCUACCUUUUCGACAUGCUCGAGAAAGCGAACGGACUGAACUGCCAGGCCACCAACUUCCUUAAAACGCUGAGCUCGUCGCCUAACGCAGCCCGACACGGAGUCUUGGAGGAAGAUUCGUCUAGUUCGGGAUCGUUGACUAUGAUGAUGCCGAGUCUGAACAGGUUCCUCCUGGACCAGGCGAUCUUCGAGAGGCAGAAGGCGACCCAGAUGUUGCAGUGGCAGAAUCCGGAGGACGUAGAUCUUUCCCAAGUCCUGAUGAUCAAAGCGACGAAGAGACAGUCGUGUAUGAUCUGUCAUAAGGAGAGCAGGACUAUGGGGGACACCGUCACAACGGAUCUCAUAUACACACCUAAGCCGCCCCUGGGAAACAAGACACUGCCCUCAUUCGCGCAGACAGUACGACAGAGCAUUCAGGUGGAAAACACCCACAAGGGCUGGUGCGACAGAUGCAAGAGAUACCAGAACCAGCACACGCGGAAGUCUAUCACCAAGCUUCCCGACAUCCUCACCUUCAACGCGACGACGUCAGAUAAAGGAUUGGGUGUUGCCAAAGACUACUGGUCAACGCCCGGAUGGCUACCAGACGAGAUUGGACUGACGCUUAACAACAAGCUGCUCAAUGUUUGGCAGGGUGAGGAUCUGAAGAGAGUCGCUAAGAGGACUAGCGAACAGGCGGACCUCAAGAUUUACGAACUUGUGGGCUUUGUGGCAGAAGUCAAGGAAGAGGAUGAGAGAAGGAAACAUAUGGUGUCCUUCAUCAAUGUUGAAGUGUCGAAGGAAGGACGGACAGGGGACGAAUGUAACUGGCAUGUGUUCAACGACUUCCUGGUCCGGCCAGUCACAAAAGAGGAAGCAAUGGAUUUCACGCCGAAGUGGAAGAUGCCGUCUGUCCUCUGCUUCCAGCUGAAGUCGGACCGCAGCAUCAUCGACAACUCGUGGAAAGAUCGGAUCGAUACUCGUCUUCUCUUCGAGGACUUCAACUACCUCGGCAUGCCCCGGCGGGAAGAGCAAACCGUGCUCCUCAGGCCUGAGGAAGUCCCUACAAAGGGCACACUCGUCGCCCUGGACGCCGAGUUCGUCUCGCUCCAAAAAGAAGAGAACGAGGUGAAGGCCGACGGUAUGAAGGUAAUAGUGCGUCCUAGUCGUCUAGGACUUGCCAGAGUGUCGGUACUUAGAGGCCACGGGGAACAAGAAAGUGUCCCUUUCAUCGACGACUACAUUGCCACACGCGAGCCGGUUGUGGACUUCCUCACGGAGUACUCGGGGAUUCAUCCAGGAGAUCUGGAUCCUCUCUCAAGUAGACGGGCGCUGGUCAGUCUCAAGGUUGCUUACAAGCGCAUGUGGAUCCUUCUGAACCUCGGGUGCACAUUCGUCGGACACGGAUUACUCCAAGAUUUCCGAAUAAUCAACAUCCACGUUCCGCGCGACCAGGUGAUAGACACAGUCGAUCUCUACGCCCUCCGCAACUCACAGCGCAAGCUCUCUCUCCGCUUCCUUGCCUGGGUGGUGUUGAGCGACCACAUCCAGACGGAAACGCACGACUCAAUCGAGGACUCUAGGACCGCCCUACGGUUGUACCGGAAGUACCAGGAGUAUGUGGAUGCCGGUGUGCUUGAGGAGGUGUUUGAUAGCAUAUACCAGGAGGGUCUCAGGAGUGGGUUCAAGCCGCCAGUGUUGGUGACUACAACGACAGCGGUGGUCACUACGAUGUCUACGUUGGUGACUACAUCGUCUGCGUUGGUGCCUACAACGUCUGCGUAAGAAGGAAUGGGUGUAUAAUAGGAGGUGUCCUUUUGUGUUGAUACAGCCUUAUUGGUUUGUCGUUUUUCGGUCCUGUCUGGUUUUUGCUGUGGUGGUGGUUGCACCGUUUAGGCUGCAGUAGCGAGUGAUUGCACAUCGGUGCUCCGAGCAGUGCGGAGUGUGUAGACUUCAGUACAAACACAAAGUCUAGUAAUAUGAAUGUACCGAAG